AUGUCGAACUUGAAAGACCUAUUGAAAGAGGUAAACAAUGCUGUUAUUUCUUCAAGUCCACAAUCGGUCAUUGAUUUAAUAGAGGAUUUUAAAGGCACUACUAUGGAUCGCGAAAAAACCGAAAAAGUUUCAGCUGGAUUGUUAAACAUCUUUAAGUCCGUACGAGAUCAUUCACAAAAAUUAGAUACUUAUUUCAAAUGUUUUAGAGCAUUAAUACCAAUCUUAGGACCAGAUAUAAUUAUUUCAGAAUUAUGGGAUCCAGUUUUAGUUCCAAUCCUUCAUUCACCCUUUCAACCGAAAUAUAUAGUGGAAGAAGUUAAAGGAAUAACUCGAGAUAUAUUAACCAAUGAAACGGAACGAGUAAUAACAUUUAGGAAAAGAAUUCUUGAAAUUUAUUUAAAAGAAUCAAGUAUGGUGGGAAAAGCGGCGGGACAGGAUCAAGGAGAAAUAGGGGAACAAAUACAUGCAUUCUGGUAUCGAAAUUUAAAUAAUAUACUUAGAAGUUUUGGUGGUGUUAAAACAAAGGAUUUCUUUGAUCUUUUAAAUUCAUACUUUAUUCAAAAACAAUAUCGAUUACAAGUUUUAUCAUUAUUAACUGAAUUUAUAAGAUCACAAAACUUAUAUAUUCACCAAAUUCUAGAAACUCCUUUACUCGAUUCAUUAUUUAAAUCUUUACAGAGAGAUACAUCAACUACCAUAAUUUCUUUAUCUUUGACAGCACUCAUUAUGCUUUUACCUCAUAUAUGUAUAUCAGUAGUUCCUUAUCUUCCACGUCUUUAUACAGUAUUUAUUAGAAUUUUAUUAUGGGAUAAACAUAAUUUUGGAUCUAUUAAUUCUGAAGGAGAUGAUUAUGAAUUAAUUGAUGAUGUCACGAUGUUUCCAGAAGUUCCUCAAGUUCAUGAUUUACCAAAAAUAAAUAUUACAAAUGAUGAAGAUUCAUGGGAUCAAUGUGGUAGUGAUCCAACAACUUGGUUUAAAGAAAGGAAUUUUCCAUCCUUUUAUGAAGGAAUAGGUGAUGCUGUAAUACGUUCUAGAAGUAUGCCAUUAUUAAGACGUCAUACAUUACAUCCCAAUCUUAUUCUUAGUGAUAGUCAAAAAGAACUUUCUGAUACUUCAAGAUGGAUGAAAGUUGAAUCUGCUGAUGUAGUAGCUGAAUGUGUUGAAUUAAAAGAAUUGGAAGAUACGACAACAGAAAAAGUUCGAAGAGUUUCACAAUCAAUUUCUAUGCAAGAAAUUGUGGAUGUUCAUAAAGCUUUAAAGAGUGGAGUUGAUAUUGUUGUAGGCGAUGAUCCUUGGGCCUCAAAGAUAAUUUCAUAUUCAAAUGUACCAUCUUCGUUAUUGCAUCCACCACCAUCAUUACCACUUCCUUCAUUACCACAAGAAUCUCCACUACCACAAAAAACGCAAAAACCUUUAUUAUUACAACAAGCUAGUAUUUCAUUUCUUCAGCGAGAAAUAAUGUUAUUACGAAAUGAAUUAAAUUUUGAACUUUAUUUAAAACAACAAUAUCUUCAACACAUUGGUCGUUUACAUCGAGAUCAUAUAUUAGAUAGUCGAGUGGAAGCCGAACAUCAAAAUUUAUAUAUUACCUAUAGAAAUUUAAGGGUUCAAUUGGAUAAAACUAAAGAAGCUUUUAAUCGACAAAAAGAUGAAACUGCCAGUAUAAAGAAAAAACAUAUCAAAUGGGAAGAUGAAUUAAAAGUGAAAUUGAGAAAAUAUCGAAAUGAAGCGAAUGAACGGAAAUCAGAAAUUGAUAAAUUAGAACAAGAAUUAAGGGAGGCUAAACUCACUAUUAAUAUACAAGCUAAACAGAUUGAAGAAUCCAAUGCAAAGAAUUUUAAACUUGAAAGUGAAAUCAAAGUGCAUGAACCACAAAUUCAAAAAUUGAAUGAAUAUAAAAAUCAAAUUAAUCAAUUAACCAAACAACUUGUGAUUUGGGAAUCGGAUUCACGUAAAUUUCAAGAACAAAAAUUACUUAUGGAAACUCUUGUAGGACAAUGGCAUAAGAUGGAAUUUAAAUUAGAAUCUAGUGAAGUUGAAAUUAAAUCUUUAAAGUCACUUGUUAGAGAUAAACGAGAUAAUGCAUUUAAAAAAUUGGAAAUUCAAUAUGAAAAAGUUACGAAAAGAAAUGAAGAAUUGGAGUGGCGAAAUAUGGAACUUUUGGCACGAGUAGAAUCUCGAUGA